GUCUGUGGCUGUGGGCACGAAAACAGGAUUCAAACUUUUUUCUAUUACGUCAGUAGAUAAAUUGGAGCACAUCUAUGAAAGUGAUGCAUGUGAAGACAUCUGCAUAGUUGAACGGCUCUUCUCGAGCAGUCUAGUGGCAAUUGUUAGUCUUUCAUCACCACGAAAAUUGAAGGUGUGCCACUUCAAGAAGGGAACAGAGAUAUGCAAUUACAGUUAUUCGAACACCAUAUUGGCUGUGAGGCUGAACAGAGCGCGGCUCGUCGUUUGUCUGGAGGAGAGUCUCUACAUUCACAAUAUACGUGACAUGAAGGUGCUGCACACGAUACGCGACACUCCGCCAAACCCAAGCGGCCUCUGUGCACUGUCGAUUAACAGUGACAACAGUUACUUGGCGUAUCCUGGUAGCAGCACCAUUGGCGAAGUGCAAAUAUUUGAUGCGUUAAAUCUGAGGGCAGUGACAAUGGUUCCAGCACACGACAACCCACUUGCGGCCAUCUCAUUUAACGCACAGGGUACCAAGGUGGCAUCUGCGUCAGACAAGGGCACAGUAAUAAGAGUUUUCUCCGUGCCAGAUGGUCAAAAGCUGUUCGAGUUUCGGAGAGGAGUUAAGAGGUGUGCUGCCAUUAGCUCACUCGCAUUCAGCUCUGACUCCAUGUUUCUCGGAGUGUCAAGUAACACAGAAACUGUGCACAUAUUCCGACUAGAGGGACCCAAGGAGAAACCAGCCGAGGAACCGCAGGGCUGGAUGGGGUACUUCAGUAAAGCACUGGCUGCCCCCGCCGCCUACCUGCCGUCGCAGGUCAGCGAGAUGUUCCAGCAGGGGCGGGACUUUGCCACCGUCAGACUUAACUUCACCGGCGUGAAAAACAUCUGUGCGCUCGCAGUUAUACAGAAAGUGCCACGACUGCUGAUAGCGUCCUUUGAUGGAUAUUUGUAUAUAUACAACAUUGACCCGACAGAAGGAGGAGAGUGUACAAUGCUCAAACAGCACAGACUCGAUGGCAAAGCAGAAGGAGCUCAGAACACUCUACCAGCUAGCCCAGGCAACACAACACUGGGGCAGGUAUCAGGUCCUAUUGCCACGCCCAGUACCAGCUAUGCAACAGCUGUGAAAAAGCACGAUCCUCCCACACCAACACCACCUGGUGAGUCUUGCACACAGCUGGAGAGAGCCGUCGACGAAGAAACUGCUAUUGGUGCUCCGUUAACUCGUGACGUCUCUAAUGAUCUACACCUGGACGAUUCCAUAGAGUUUCCGUCCGUUCAUCAGCACGCUGGAAGCCCGGGGGCGGUCUGAGUCACGUACAUCCUACGCCAUCAGGUUUGCUGCGUGAUUAACUGGGGCGAAGCCACGCAGGCGUUGCGUGUGUGGCCGUGGUUAGAAGUGGCAGUCCGGGAUGCCGGAUUUUAUCGAAAAUGGCGAGUUGUGUAAACGUACAACCAAUCGUGGCUCGACAGUAUUGGCGCGUCGUAUAGGUACACAACGUUUAUUCAACGUAUGUCAGGUUGUUGUUCUGAAGUGAUGUUUUUGAUUUGCGACUGGGCAAUUUGCAGAAUGUAAUUAGUGUCAACCACAGUAGUCAGGUUGCCAAAUGACUGAACGUUGCAAUCGGGUCGUAUAUUAAAAAAUACAGAUCGUAUAUUUUCCCAUUUGAGUGCGUAUAAAUUAAGGGGGUAGGCAUGCUAAACAUGCAAUAACUUCUGUAAUAUUCGGUCAAUCCUCAAACAUUUGGUAUUGCUUUGCUCAUUAAACAAGCAUGCACAAUCCUAGACUAAUUACACCACAACAUACGACCAUCAGAAGCCAAGAAUUUAAAAUGGCCACCACAAACCAGCGAAGCCAUAGAUUGCCGGUCUAUUACACAUGUCUAUUUCAAAUUGUCUGUAUAUGAAACUUUUAAAUGUUAGUUGGGUCUUAGCACACAAUUAUGUAGUGAUUAUAUCUCUAAAAUUCACAAUAUGUUCUAAUAUUAAUACAUUAUACAUCAGAUAUCAUUUAUACAUUUACACAGAUCUCACCUUCAAUUCAGGUGUGAAUCUUCUGAUAUAGAAAGUUUACCUGAACUUUCUACUAUCACUGUCAAUAUGCAUCUCAGAUUGAUCACUAGAAACAUGUCUAGCAGUGUGUUCAUUGUGAGACCUGUUAUCAGCCUCACAUUUACAGAAUGAUGUGCAAGACAAUCCAAUAUCCUUACAACUGCACUUUCCAGUAUGGCAUGGCUUGUUUGAGGCACAACUGCAAGCAACGACCGUUAUGAGUUCUGGAGGUGCAACUGUUGCAUUUCCAAAAGUGGGAUGAGGUUUGCCUUCAAGAAGUUUCCAACCAUAGUUUGAAAUAUCUACGUUUGGUGGACUUUGUUCUUUGGCAGUCUUCCAAACCAUAGCCUGUAAGUGAGCAUACGUAUACUACCAUACGUAACCCCCUCAUGGCUUUAGGCCAUGCUUUUUCGUUCAACAUAUUGUUCACACCACGGAGAGCAGACUUGAGGAGGUCUUCCAACCCAGACCCUUUCAUGACCAUACCAAUGCAACCGAUAAAAGACAUCGACAAGUGCAUACCUCCUGGGCGCACUUACCAAGUUUCGCCAUCUAUCUGGCCGCGCCCAUCUGAUCUGCAUGGCGACUUUGUAAAGCUACAUGACGACAACCAAAUGAGUAAAUGCGCUUCCAUGUUGUUGGAUGAAUGGUUCUGUGUUCAACAUUGUAGUUAAGACAGUGUCUGGGUGAGCAGGUGGUGCAUCUAUCAGUGGCCCGAAUAUAUAUUUAGUUGGUAGUCUAGCUAAUCCACGCUGCUCUGCCAAGCUUGACGUGUUCUGACCACCCUGCGUGAUCAUUUUUUAUCACUGUGCUUAGCCAUGCUACAUCAGAUUUUAGAGCUGAUGCUACACUCUUUGCUUGACUUACAUUAUCUUCCAGUGGUGGUCCAACGUGGUAUAGAUUUUUUGGGCACUGAUAAUGUUCAUUGGCACUGCUGCCAGCUCCCCUAACUUCAGAUUUCUCAUGUCCAACUUGUUUAUUCUUGGUAUAAUCAUAGGGUCAGCUUCAGGCAUUGUCAGUGAAGAUAGAACAUAUGAUAACAUAUGGUAAAUUUUAGAGAUAUCAUCACGGCAUAAUUGUGUGCUAAGACCCAACUAACAUUUAAAAGUUUCAUAUAGAGACAGUUUGAUAAUUUCUCAUAUAUAUAUGUGUAAUAGACUGGCAAGCUAUGGCUUUGCUGAUGGUUUGUGGUGGCCAUUUUGAAUUGUUGGCUUUUGACGGUCGUAUGUUGUGGGUGUAAUUAGUCUAGGAUUACGUAGACGCUGCCCGUUUUACCCUAGAAGCCACUGUAAUUCGACCCCCGCGGCAGCGUGCGCACGAGCUACAGGCGAAGGUGCCGGGAAAUUUCAAAUUAAACCGUAGACGCUGCCCGUUUCACCAUAGAAGCCACUAUGAUUCGACCCCCGCGGCAGCGUGCGCACGAGCUACAGGCGAAGGUGCCGGGGAAAUUUCUAAUUAAACCGUAGACGCUGCUCGUUUCACCCUAGAAGCCACAACAGUUCGACCCCCGCAGCGGCGUGCGCGCGAGCUACAGGCACGUGUUAUUGUGCGUGAGUGUUUAAUGAGCAAAACAAUACCAGCUGUUUGAAGAUUGACCGAAUAUUACAGAAGUUCUUGUAAGUUUAGCAUGCCUACCCCCUUAAUUUAUAGGCACUCAGAUUGGAAAAUAUACGAUCUGUAUUUUUUUCUGAUAAUAAAAAUUGCCCAAGGGUGCCAAAGUGGCACCCGGUGGAUUCCGGUUCAGGAUAGUCUAAAGAUCAGGAAACCACAAAAAAACCUUGUAUAUACCCGAUUGCAACGUUCAGUCAAAUUUCCCUACUCGGCAACUCGACUACAGGCACUUGGAACAUUUAAAUAAAAAAUAUGGUUAAAAAGCACGGAAUAAGGAACCCUUUAUUCUUGUUGUUUGUGCACAGCGGCGUGCGUGCGGUGUACUUGUGUGUUGCAGAGAAGCAUUUGUCCGGC